ACAUAAUUUAUCAUUUUUUUCCAAUCUGUAUUGAUGUAGUAUAUAUUGAAAGAGAGAGAACGAACAGUUGGUGGAAUUGAGUCACAAAUAAUGGCUUCGAAAGAAUACAAGUUCCCGGCUUUCGAUGAGGCGCCGAAAGUUGAGGGCAUGCCCCAAGGUAAUCUCUGGGGUUUCUUCGAUGAAGAUGGGAAGAAGGAUGAAGUAGGAACUAUCAACCUCCUCACCCCCGCCGUCGUCACCCGCGCCGCCCGCGAAGAAAUCCGUACGGGCCAAUCCAUCCAACUCGACUGGGAACUCCACAACGUCCAAUUCCCGGGCUUCAACCGCAAGCCCUUUGCCCAAAAACAAAUCGACUUCGCCUCCUUCUCCGCCCUCUGCGCAAACGAUGACGAACUCCACAUCAACACACAGGCAGGCUCUCAAUGGGAUUCUUUGAAGCACUUUGCACAUCAAGCGACAGGUACGUAUUACAAUGGGUUAACGCACGCUGAGGCGGCGAAGAGCGAUAGGAAUGGCACGCAUAAGUGGUGUGAGCGCGGCGGAAUUGUGGGCAGGGGCGUGCUGUGUGAUUGGUUGAGGUGGUAUGAGGAGACCAAGGGAAAGGAAGCGCCGAGCGCGGUGACGAGGCAUGAGAUUCCGGUUGAGGAGGUGGAGGAGGCGUUGAGGUGGCAGGGGACCGAGGUUAGGCAGGGGGAUGUGUUGGUGGUUAGAACGGGGUAUGUGAGGUGGCACAAUAACGCAACAGAAGCCGAGCGCAAAUCCGGCACCCAAGACAACAACGUCGCCAUUGGCCUACAAGCCUCGGAGCGCACCGUCCGCUGGCUCUACGACCGCCACUUGGCCGCCAUUGCUGCCGACAACGUUGCGUUUGAGGCUUGGCCGUCCAAACUCACGGAUGGAUGGUGUUUGCACGAGUGGUUGCUUGUGCAUUGGGGUACAGCGAUUGGCGAAAUGUGGGAUUUGGAGAAGUUGAGUGAGAAGUGCAAGGAGGAAGGGAGGUACAGUUUUUUCUUGACGAGCGCGCCGUUGCAUGUCAGGGGUGGGAUUGGGAGUCCGCCGGGGGCUAUUGCGGUUUUUUAGAGAAUGGGAAGGAAGAUGGUAAGAUGGUGUUUGGAAAUGUGCGUGAUCAGGGCAUAUCAAACAAGGGUUUUAUUUAAAUAUUGUUUUUACUCAGGCU